AUGGCUCUGGGUGGGGGAGCACUGGGAGCUGGAACGCACCAGUCCAAGUUCGUGACGUGGCAGUUCGACGGCGAGUACCGGGGCGCCGACUGCACGGCCACGCUCACGCUGGGCAACCCCGACCUGCUGAGCGAGGCCGUGAUCGUGGUGGCCCAUUUCCUGCAGAGCGUCACCCCCCGCCUGGUGCUGGGCGGCGAGCUGGUCUAUCACCGGCGCCCCGGCGAGGAGGGCGCCAUCGUCACCCUGGCGGGCAAAUACACAGCUCUCAAGUGGGUGGCGACGCUCAACGUGGGCUACGGCGGCGCCCACGCCAGCUACUACCACAAAGCCAACGAGCAGGUGCAGGUCGGGGUGGAGCUGGAGGCCAACACGCGGCUGCAGGACACCACGUUCGCCUUCGGCUACCAGCUCAACCUGCCCCAGGCCAACAUGGUGUUCAGAGCGCCUCCUCCGACAUGA